AUGUGCUUCGAGGCGGCCACGCAGUUCGGUGGGAAUGUGCCGGCUUGGACUAUCGUCGUCCUGUACCGGCUGGAGGAUGAGCACGUGAAGUGCGAGGCAUACGACCGCCUUUAUCCAGUGAACGCGCUCCGGAACGCUGCGCUGGAGCAUGCUCGGUCGGACCUCCUGUUCCUCGUGGACGUGGACUUUGUCCCCAGCCGGAGGCUCCAUGAAGUCUUGGCGAGCCACGACGGCGGGCGGCGGCUCCUCAACGCGCUGAGCCACGGAAGUCGCAAGAACCGAGGACCCGGGGCUUUGGUCAUUCCUGCCUUCGAGGCCAGCAAAAGCAACAUGCCCCUGCCGCUCCAUGGUGCUGAGCUUCGCCACGCCGCUGCACGCGGGGAGGUCGAGGGAUUUCACGUCAGCCACUUCCCGUGCGGCCACCGCGCCACUGACUUCGAUCGUUGGCUCGGAGUAAGCAAAGCAGAGAGCCCCGAUGCUGGAAAUUUCAACCAACAUGCCCACGGAGUGGACGCCUACCUCAUCCACUACGAGGAGCACUUUGAACCCUAUGUGGUGGUUCCACGCCAGAGUGUGCCUGCAUACGACGAGCGGUUUCGAGGAUAUGGUCUGAACAAGAUCUCCCACCUGUACGAGCUCAGCCAGCGCGGCUUCCGCUUUCGCACUUGUGCGCAUGCAGAGGCCUUCGUCGUGGCAGCAAAGCAUCCAAAGUCGCAGAGUUGGCAUUUGGUUUUGGGACCUGAGGCUGAGGCAGAGCAGAGAGCUCGCAUUGCCACGCACUACGCCACAUUCAAAGCCGAGCUGAAGAAGAGACUACAACUGCCGUCAUCACUGCCCAUAAAGCCGCCGAAAGCUCGAACGACACCGCGGCGCGGGCUGCCGAUGAAGAG